UAUCAACAUUCUUUCCCUGCCAACCCCUCAAGAUCUGAAGGAGUUAAGAGCCCUACCGAACGUCGGGUCCUUGGUUCUCUAUGGCUCCUGCAAGUCAUCCCUUGCAUGACAGUGCAUUUCACAAGGUGUGCUUUAUCGCGCGACAUCUACUACCGUAUGCUUCGCCAAAUGUUUUUCAUAUUUUAGUGACGUCAAACAUAUCCAGGUAUGGCUCGGCUGAAGGGGCCUCACGAACCGCGCCUCUCCUGUGCUUUGUCUAGCCCUUGGGCGCGAUUGCC